GACUCAAAUGACAGAAGAAAUGUGGACAAUGAAAACUUACUAGUGGACACUGGAGCGACUAGUCACAUAAUUAAUGACAGUUCAAAAUUUAUAAAUUUUGACGAAAACUUUGAUUCUAGCACUCAUUUUAUGGAAUUAGCUGACGGUAGUAAAUGUAACGUUGUAUUAGGAAAAGGGAAUGCUAAAGUUAAGCUAUUUGAUGUAAAGGGAAAUAUGCAUGAUGUUAUGUUGUAUAACACGCUCUACAUUCCAUCCUAUAACCAAAAUAUCUUUUCAGUUUCAGCCGAAGUAGGUAGAGGAGGCUCAGUAAACUUGGGUAAACAG